GGAAGACCUGAAGUGAAGACCAAAUCCAUUUUGGAUGAUCUGAUUCAUUUAUCAAAAGUUAAAACUAGCCUAUUAAUUGCCAAGAAAUAUGAAAAAUCUUAUGGUAAGCCAUUAGUACAUACUCUCCCUCCGGUAAAAUAAGAAAAGAAAAGAAAUAAGAGGAGAAGAAUUUCAGUAAGAAAUUCACGAAAAAUCAACACAAAACUUAUUGUGAAAUUAAGAAUAUGUUGUUGUAUUUCCGAAACGCUUUCAAAGCUGUAACCUUACUUCUGGCCUACUGUUUCCUUAGGGGACAGUUUGUGCUUGUUAAUGCUGCAUAUCUUCCUGUCCACAUCUGCAACACAAAUAAUACACUUAACAAUAAUAGUCACUUCCCAACUCAAAACAGUCUCUACAAUCUAUUCCAUUCCUUAGCCUCAACUGCUUCUGUUUCUAAAUUUUACAAUACCUCCUCCUCUGGAGUCGACUCCGAUAAAGUCUACGGCCUCUAUAUGUGCCUUGGCUAUGCGACAAAUGAAGAUUGCAAGAAUUGCAUUAGCUUGACCUCAAAAGAAAUCAUGGGCCAUUGUCCCAACUCACCAGAAGCAGUAAUAUGGGAAGAAAAAUGCAUGAUACGUUAUUCCAAUACGAACUUCUUAGGCUCUGUUGAUGUUUCAGAAAAUUUAGAAAUGCAUAAUCUCAUAAAUGCUUCAGAACCAAAACAGCUCGGAUCUGCGUUGGAAGAGAUGUUAAAUGAGUUGAUUGAGAAGGCAGCUUAUAAUCAUUCGCCGAUCAAAUACUAUGCAGCUGACAAAAGAAGUUAUGGAAACGAUAUUGUAUAUGCUGUUGUUCAGUGUACUGAGGACUUAUCUCCAACUGGCUGUAAGACUUGCCUUAAGGCCACUAUUGAAAAUGCUUCAACUUGCUGCAGUUUCUCUAAGGGAGUACGAAUUUUGAGCAAGAGUUGCUUUUUAAGAUACGAGUUAUACGAUUUUUACGAAGAUGAUUCUGAAAUACCACCGAGUGGAUUCGUAUUGGAGCCCGGGAAGACUUAUACUGCAGGAAGCAAAUGGCACAUUAGGACGACAAUUAUCUUUGUAGUUUCAGCUUUUUUAGCUGUAUUGGCCUUCGGUUUCUCUGUCUACUGUCUUAUAUUGAAAUUCCGAUCUCAAAAUGAUAAGAAUGAUCCAGAAGAACCGUUAAACGACAAUGGUGGACCAAAUGGACUGAAAAAUAUAGUGCAACAGCAUUUUCAAGCAUGGGACGAGGAGAAUGCAGGAGAGUUUCCAUAUAUUGAUCUGGCCACAAUUCAUGCAGCCACUGAUAACUUUUCUGAGUCAAAUUUGCUUGGACAAGGUGGUUUUGGCCCUGUUUAUAAGGGUAAACUAAGUGAUGGAAGAGAAGUUGCGGUAAAGAGGCUUUCAAGUUGUUCAGAACAAGGUUCAGAGGAGUUUACCAAUGAAGUUCUACUGAUAAUGAAACUUCAACACAAAAAUCUUGUGAGGCUUUUGGGUUUCUGCGUAAAUGGAGAAGAAAAGAUACUUUUGUAUGAAUACAUGCCUAAUGGAAGUCUUGAUGUUCUCCUCUUUGAUCCUAGCAAACGUGCACAACUCAAUUGGACUAAUCGCCUUAAUAUCGUAAUUGGAAUCGCAAAGGGUAUGCUUUAUCUUCAUGAGGAUUCAAGACUAAGAAUCAUUCAUAGGGACCUAAAAGCUAGCAAUGUGUUGUUGGAUAGUCACAUGAAUCCAAAGAUUUCAGACUUUGGGAUGGCAAGGAUCUUUGUAGGAACUGAAGGUGAAGCCAGUACAUGUAGACUUGUUGGAACAUACGGUUACAUGGCUCCUGAGUAUGCAAUGGAGGGACUCUACUCAGUUAAAUCUGAUGUGUUUAGCUUUGGAGUUCUCCUGCUUGAGAUCAUUAGUGGGAAAAAGAGUGCUGGUUUCCAACAAUCCAAACAGGCUCUAAGUCUCAUAGCAUAUGCAUGGCAGCUUUGGAAAGAAGGAAGGGCACUUGAGUUGAUGGAUCCCUUGUUGACAGACUCAUGUUCUCCAGAUGAGUUUACCAGAUGUGUUUAUCUUGGACUGUUGUGCGUUCAGGAAGAUCCACAAGAGAGACCAACUAUGUCGUCUAUUGUGGUAAUGUUAAACAGUGAAAGCGAGACUCUUCGGCAACCUGAACGGCCAGCGUUUUCUUGGGGUUUAUCAAAUCAGUAUGAUGAAAUUAAUGUUGAUUAUUUGUCAAUCAAUAGUAUAACUAUGUCAAGUUUUUUACGUGAGUGAGGACAAUGUCAAGUGUAACUAGUCUAAUUGAUCAAUUUACUCUGCAUGUUGAUCUGGUAUUUCACUAGUUACCUAAUAUAUAACUGUAUUCUGUAUAUACUUUGGUUUUAAUGAAAGCUUUUUCUUGCUUCA